CGCUACGCGGUCAUUUGACGGCGUUGCGGCGUCGAGGGGCCGCGACGCGUGCCAGUGAACGAAAGCUGCACUCGUCCUGCAUCGCUGCGGCGGGCUGCGCAACUGGUGCGCCACCUACGAGCAGUCUGGCCUCGCCUCAGGUUUGACUGGGCAGCCCAAAAAGCUGCCCAAAAGCCACAAAACAGGCGGAAGGGACCGAAGCGGACGCUGCCCAACACCAUGGCUUCUGUCGCACCGGAAGCAGGCGAGCUGGCGCCGGAAGGCAAGCUGGCGCCGGAGACGAAACGACCGUGGAAGCUCUGCAGCGAGACCAUGCAUGUCAAGGUCAUCGUGGUCGUUAUGACGGUCGUCAUGGCGGCGUUCGAGGUCGGCGACCGCAUGCUUGUGGUCGACUUCGUCGUCUCCUUCUUCACGGUCGUGUCGCUGGAUCUCUUCGAGCGGGUCGGGGAAGGGGGCGCGAUCCUGGGCGUGCUCCUGGCGGUGUCUUGUGUGGCCGCGGUAGUCUGGGGGUCGCGGAAGAUCGAAGCCAUGGAGGCCUAUGCUGUAAAAUUUGACGACGCCUCCGCAAAAAUCCUUAAAGACACAGUGAAUAUCGGGCCGCCAAGUCUCAAGGCUCCUGACUUGCGGCAGGCGUCCGAUGACAUCGACGAGCUCAUGGGCGCCGCCGCCGUGGUUUUCCCAGCGUUCAAGACGGAGGUACUGCAGCGCCUCGUGGCGGACGGCUCGCGCUACGAAUGCAACCUGAAGACGCGGGAGCGCGUGCGCGAGAAGGUCAAGCUCGAGUACAACGGCGACGCGGCGAAGAUCAAGGAUUUAUGCCGCGGCCUCGUCGUCGCGGAGACGCUGCCGGCGCUGGAAGCCUCGUGUGCCGCGCUCCAGAAGCUCGCCGACGCGGGCGUCGUCGAAAUCCUCCAGGUCAAGAACCGGCUACGGGAUCCGCCGGAGGGCGAUGGGCCCACCGCGAGCGGCUACCGGGAUCUCAACGUCAACAUUCGCUUCCAGAAGCAUAUAUGCGAGGUCCAGAUCAUCCACAGCGAGUUACUGAAGCUUAAAACGAACCAGGCUCCUGUCUACAACUUGGUACGGUCCCUGGGCCUCGUCGGACCGCUCCCCGCCACGACGGCGCCAGAGACGCGCCGCCGGCCGCCAAAGCGCACGAGGGCGGCGCUGAUAGUGCUCCGAAUAUUCAUGGCGCGGCACGCCGCGUACGUGGGAUGGAACUACGUGGUGCAGGGCUAUGGGGCGGACAUGGGGCUCGUCGCACCGGGCCAGGUGAAGAUCAGGCUGAUGACAGCGCCAGCCCUCGUCUACGCGGCCGCCAUGGCGCCGCCGUAUUUAUUCUGCGCGUUCCUACUAAUCCGGGAUCUUCUUGCGCAAUUCGACUCGACGUGCGCGCGCUUCGGAGCCGUCGCAGCGAUUUGGUUCCUCCAAGUCAUAUUAGGGGCGGGAGAAACACUGUACAUGGGUGGAGCGAAUCUCCAGCACGGCACGCUCGGUGCGCUCGGCUACGCGGCGCUAUAUUUCUUCAAUUGGCUAUUUGUCGUGCCGUGCCUGGCGGCGGCGGCGGCCGUCUCGCUGCGCCGCGGACGCCGCAAAACGCACGUGUCCCGGGUGGCGCUCCUGUACGAAAAGUAUCUCGGUCUUCGUGGGUUGUAUUACAGAUGGAAGAUCCUCGGGCUCCAGUACCUCACGAUUCUCCUGCAAGCGGUGACGAAGCUCCCCGAUGUGGGCGCGCUCGUGUGGACCCAAUCGCACUUCCAGUACAGCCCACUCGUCGACCUGGGAGGCGCGCCGUCGGCGCCGGCCUACUGGUUUUUCUUCAUCAUGCUUGCCAUCAACAGCCUUUAUCCGGGCGCCCUCUACUACUACGCGGCGCGCUCCUCGUCUCGCAGCACAGACACCGUGGCAGCCCUCUGCGACGUCACGCUCGACCUCUCAUAUUCCUUCGGUUGGAUAUUCGUGACCAAGCAGUUCGUUCGUUUCUGCCGCUGGACCCCAACCUCGUUCUUAGAUUCGCUCGGUCUCUUCACGCCAGUCGUGCACUUGUUGUUCACGUGUAGGGCAGUCGAGGCGGCGGCAGCUGACGAACGACGCCCCGCAACGGCGAGACAUCCGUCGAAAAAGGCGUGUGCAACCCACUCGUUGCUCUCUGUCGCCACGCUAGCUGUCAUUAUGGUCGUGUCCUGCCGGGACCGGUACCCGUUCAAGGCGCAGAACCGCUGCAGCCCGUGCGAAUGCGAGGGAUCGGUCCUCACGUCGUGCAAGCUCGCCAACGUGGCGCGCACAUGGACCCUGGACCUGAGCGACAAGGGUAUAACGGAAGUACGACCCGAAGCGAUGCGGGACGUGAGGUCCACGCUCUACAACCUGUGGCUGAGUGAUAAUGAGGGAUUGAUGGCGCUCCCGCCCUACCUCUGCGAGGACCUGGAAGUAUUGAUGACGCUCUCGCUCAUGCGCACGGGCAUCACGGAGUUACCGAACCUCGCGAACUUGAAAUACUUCGAGAAUCUCUUCCUCGACGGCAUGAACAUCUCGUCCAUACCGGGCGACACAUUCGCGGGCUCGCGGCUGCGCUUCGUCCACGCCACGAAUAUGCCGAAUUUCCAGCUCGACGCCGCCACGUUUGCCAGGACAAGGCAGCUCACGGCCGUCUGGAUCGGUGGCUCAAAUACGGACUGCGUCGCGCUCCCGCACGAGGCGGCCUGCAUCGACCAACGCUGUCGCUUCGUCUCGGAGCUCAAUGCCGAAUCAUUUCUCAACCGCAUCUUCAAGAAAGGUCCCUGCUUGUCGGAAUACGACGGCGCGCCGGGCUGCGGCGCAAUGCCGUGCUUCCCGCAGUCCUGCUUGACUCCAUCGUGAGGUGUCUCGGAGCGUCGUGGCGCACGACACUUCCUCUGCCCAUACUCCCCCUUCUAGAAACGACCCCGCCGAGGGGUCUCCUGGCGUACUUCCUGCGUGCCGUCGCGCACGGCGACGCAGUUCCCCCGAGUCUUCCCCCUGUCCAUACUUCCCCGUCGUUAACUAGAUCGGGGGGCAGCACGCCUCACGCGGCAUGCUGGAAUGGCCCUAGGCCGUCCCUAGGCGCUUGGUAGGGUGCGAUGCGG